AUGGUGACCGCGGAGGAGCAGAGCCAAACGUUGGCUGAGGAAAUUGAAGUUCUUGAGAGUAUUUAUAUUGAUGAGUUGGAGAAAAUCACCGACGAUCAUUUGCGCAUUCGCGUCACACCGGAGGAGUAUGACGAAUCCAAAAAAGAUCCCGUACUGCUCCUUGAUGUUCGAUACACAGACAAAUACCCUGACGAAGUGCCUCAUCUCUCCAUUUGCGUACUUGAAGAUGAACGACAAGUACUCGGUCCCGCACCGGAAGACGCCAACGAGCCUAGUGAGGAGAGCAUGGAAACAGACAAACGUGAGGGAGUACAGAAGCUGUAUACUGAGCUCGAAGAAGUGGCCAAUGAAUCUUUGGGUCUGCCUAUGGUAUUCACGCUAGCGUCGCACUUGCGAGAAUCAUUAACAGACUAUAUGACGCGUAAAGCGCAAGAGGCGGAGAAGGAAGCAAAUGAGAAACGAGAGGCAGAACUUCGGGCAGAAGAAGAAAAAUUCCGUGGUACAGCUGUUACUGUUGAGCGGUUCCGCGUUUGGCGUGAAGAGUUCAUGAAGAAGCAAGCAGAACUCAAAGCGCAAAAAGAGGAGGCGUUUAUGGCCACACUCUCCAAUAAAGAGAAGGAAGAGUACAAGCGUAUGAAGGCCAAACCAACUGGACGCGAACUCUUCUCGAAGCCAGGAACAGGCGUUGAGGAAGAGAAAGUCGCAGAUGAAGCCGUCAAGGAGGUGGACUUCAGCAAGUAUACGCGUGAAGAGCGUGAGAAAUGGACGCACGAGGAUGAAUCCGACGGGGAAGAAGGCUUUGUGGACGAUAUGGAGGAAUGA